ACUCGUCCAUAUUCAGGGACAGCAGCUGGCAUCAUCAUCAUUAUUAUCUUAACCUGUUCUGGAACAUUCGCGGCCGGACAGUGUACCUGGACAAGGUCACCGGUGGCCUCCGUAUCCAGCCUGCAAGGUGGUCCAGGACGAUUUUCUGGGACCAUUUCCUCGACGCACUCAACAAACCCGGCGCGAUCUGACCGGCUUAAAAGUGGGAAUUGUGCCAAACUGGGAUAUGUAAUGUCAGAUGAGCUGCAGGCGGCGCCUAUUUGCCUGGUGAUAGGAUGAAGACGCCUGAUGGAUUCUUUUUAUAGGGAUUUUUUUGUUUGUUUGUUUAAAGUCCCUCAAGAAGACCUCUUUGGAGAAGCUAUUCUGGGAAAGAUUCAGAUAUACUCGGCACCAACCAGAGAAACUUUUUCCCCUUCACUUGCUGUGCUCUUACCAAUCAUACAUUAGCAUCACAACAUUCAACCAUUUCGAGUAUUGAGGUGGGGGUGGGGGGUGGUGGCGAGGAGCUGCGCGUUCUCAGCCGGUCGCAGCUUCAGCACCAGCAUCCCAUGCGCGUGCCCGCACCGGCAGAGCCUGCCCGGGAAGAAGAGGAGUUGGAGGAGUUAAAGUUUGCUCCGGGUGGGGGGGGGAAAAAUAUGCGAUGAGAAGAGCACGCUGCGGAGACAUUCUACCGUCUAAUUAACAUUUCCAAUACGGGGGAAAGGCGCCCUAAAGUCAAGGAUGACUUGCAAAAUAUUGACUUUAUGCCUCUUGUGUUUGGCUGUGCGACACUGCUCGUCACAAGAAUGUGUUGAUCCGCUGGUGUCUGGUCUCUAUGCCUCUUCCUUCCUGGCCUCCUCCAGAUAUAACUUUCUCUACUCUGCCAAUUUUGCCAAAUUGUACGGCAGCAGCGGCUGGUCGCCCUCCCCCAGGGAUCGGCAGCCGUGGUUGCAGGUGGACCUGGGCAGGAAGUACCGCCUGAGGGCCAUCGCCACCCAGGGCACCUUCAACUCAUACGACUGGGUCACAAAGUACACCCUCCUAUACGGGGACAGGCCGGACUCAUGGACGCCAUAUAUCAUGAAAGGAGGCAAUUCGACUCUGCCUGGGAACUGGAAUUAUUAUCAGGUGAAGAGGAACGUCUUUCAUUACGCCUUUACCGCUAAACACAUUCGCCUGCUGCCUCUGGCGUGGAACACAGAGAACGGAGGGAAGAUUGGUGUGAGGUUGGAGCUGUUUGGAUGCCAUUAUGAUUCCUAUGUGCUGCAAUACAAUGGGGAUGACUCGGUGGUCUAUAUGUACCCCGAGAAGAAGUCUCGCACGCUCAAUGACCACAUUGCCAUAAACUUCAAAACCCUGGAGCAGGAUGGUGUUCUGUUACACAGUGACGGAGUUCAGGGAGAUCGCUUCACCCUCGAGCUAAAGAGAGGUCGACUCUACCUGCACAUUAGCCUGGGAAGUAGCGUCAUACACAAAACAGACGGUCGAACUACUUUGGUAGCUGGCAGCCUUCUCGACAACCUACACUGGCACUAUGUCACCAUCAAGCGCUCAGGCCGUCAGGUGAACUUCACCGUGGACAGCCAGACGGUGACGGCCAUAUGUAACGGACAGUUUACCCACCUGGAUCUGGACAAUAAGUUGUAUGUCGGUGGUGUAAUCGAGCCAAAAAUGCCUCACCUCCCCACCACCCCGAAUUUCCGUGGCUGCCUUGAAAACGUCUUCAUCAAUGGCAUCAGCAUCAUCUAUAAGGCUAAGCGGGAAGAAGCGGACAUUGUCAUACCAAGAAAGAAGAAGAUGCACUUUGCCUGCCGGGAUAUUCUUCUCAAACCAAUGACCUUUGCCGGACCCAACAACUACCUGCAAGUGCCGGGCUACUUCAGAAGGCCUCGCAUGUUUGUAAAGUUCAAGUUCCGCUCAUGGGACUACACGGGGCUGCUCAUGUUCACACGCUUUGCCGACGACCUGGGCGCCUUGGAGCUAGGCCUGAGUGAGGGGCAGAUCAAUGUCACCAUUUUUCAGCCCGGCAAGAAGAAACUGCAGUUUGCCGCAGGUUACAGGCUUAAUGAUGGUUACUGGCAUUCAGUGGAUUUGGCAGCCAGAGAUAACCUCCUCACCCUCACAAUUGAUGAGGAGGAGGGUUCCCCGCUGAAGAUCACCAACCCCUUCACAAUUCGCACUGGGGACCGCUACUUUUUUGGAGGCUGUCCGAAAACUAACAACACCAUCAGGAAGUGUGAGACGAAGCUGAAUCGCUUUCACGGUUGCAUGCAGCACAUUUUUAUAGACAAUGAACAGCUCGACAUCGACAUUAUCUUGCAGCGACAGUGGGGGCGCUAUGCUGAACUCUUGUUGGGAACAUGCGGCAUCACUGACAGAUGUUCUCCCAAUCCGUGCGAGCAUGAAGGCAGAUGCAUACAGUCGUGGGACGACUUCAUCUGUCUCUGUGAAAACACCGGUUAUAAAGGGGAGGUGUGUCACAUGUCUGUGUAUAAAGAGUCAUGUGAAGCCUACAGACUCAGCGGAAAGUACUGGUCUGGAAACUACACCAUUGAUCCUGAUCUGAGUGGACCCCUAAAGCCAUUCGAAGUAUACUGUAAAAUGAAGUCAUACAAAGCUUGGACUGUGAUCUUGCACGACCGCGUGGACGGUACCAAAGUAACAGGGAGUUCAAUUGACAAGCCGUACAUCGGCAACGUCAACUACUGGAACGCAUCUUGGGAUGAAGUCACCGCCCUGGCCAACACCUCCUUGUACUGUGAGCAGUGGGUCGACUACUCGUGCUACAAGUCCCGUUUCCUCAACACACCUGGUGGAAGACCUUUUGGUUACUGGAUUGGUCGCAAUAAUGAAAGCCACUAUUACUGGGGGGGAACGUUCAGAGAGGUCCAAAAGUGUGGCUGCGCUAUCAACCAGACUUGCGUUGACCCCAAGUAUCAAUGCAACUGUGAUGCUGACUACAGACAAUGGUACUCCGAUAAGGGUUACUUGGACUUUAGGGACCAUCUUCCUGUCAGGAGGGUGGUGGUUGGUGACACCAACAGGACUGGCUCAGAAGCACAGUUCACAGUAGGACCUCUCCGCUGCCAUGGCGAUAGAAACAUCUGGAACACUAUAUCCUUCACCAUACCUGCCAACAUAACCUUCCCCACCUUCAAGCCGGGCUCCAGCGCUGACAUCUCAUUCCACUUUAAAACAUAUAGAUACGACUCAGUCUUCUUGGAGAACUCCGACGACCACCUCAAAAACUUUAUCCGACUAGAGCUCAACACCACCCAUAAUCUUGUAUUCAUCUUUAUGGUGGGGGAUGGCAUCCAGAAUGUGACACUACGCUCCCCCGUGCCACUCAAUGAUAAUGAGUGGCACUUUGUCCAGGCUGAGAUUAAUGUGAAAUUGGCUCGGAUCAAGGUUGACUACCAGCCUUGGACUGUCAAACGUUUCCCCAGUCAGACUUUUGUCACAAUGAACUUUACCAAUCCUCUUGUUGUAGGUUCACGCAACCGCACUCAAAAACCCUUCUUGGGUUGUCUCCGAGGGUUGCGGCUGAAUGGUGUUCCUCUGGAUUUGGAAGGGAAAGUCGAUGAAGAAAAAGGCAUCAGGAGGAACUGUACCGGCCAGUGUCUCAAUGCUACCAUACCUUGCCGUAAUAGUGGCCAAUGUAUUGAGGGCUAUGCCUCCUACACUUGUGACUGCAACAACACUGCAUUUGAUGGGUUCUACUGCCAUAAAGACAUUGGUGCCUACUUUGAGCUUAGCUCCUGGCUAAAGUACAACGUGCGGAAGAAACCAAUAUCCGACGAAGCAGCUUGGGCCAACUGGAUUGACCCGCAUUAUGAUAAUUUCAGCCUGGGCUACAACGACACGGCGGACGACAUUGAGUUCAGCUUCAGCACCGUCUACACACCGGCCGUGCUGCUCUACAUCAGCUCCUUUGUCCACGACUACAUUGCCGUCGUACUCAAGACCGACGGCAGCGUGGAUCUAAGGUACAAACUAGGACUCAUCACCCACAAGUACGAGCUGACUCGUCGAAACCUGGCAGACGGAUACCCACAUUACAUCAACAUUACUAGACACAACAGGACCAUCAAAACACAGGUGGAUUUUAUGGAGCCCAUUGUUGAAAAGAUAACUUUAGUGGAGGAUGCAAGAUUUGACUCUCCAAAGUCCAUGUUCUUAGGCAGAGUGAUGGAGGUCGGCGAUAUCGACUACGAAAUCCAGAGGCAUAAUGCUCCAGGCUUCAUUGGCUGCAUCUCCGGUGUGAGGUACAAUGUUUAUGCCCCUCUAAAGGCUCUUUUCCGGCCGAAUGAAACAGACCCUCCGGUGACGACGCAAGGUUACGUCUCUGAGUCCAACUGCGGCGCCUUCCCUCCUGUCCUAGGUUACGUCCCAUGGGAGGUGGAUCCCUGGUUUACCACCAUAGAUUAUAUAUACAUCCAUGACGACCUUGGCCUAUUCUGGAUAAUAGUCAUUGUCAUCCUGGCGUUGCUUCUUCUGCUGGCGGGCUUGUAUAGCAUUUACGUAUAUGCGUACCAGCAGAAGGGCACCUACCGCACAAACGAGCCCAAACACCUGGAGUCGCCCAGCAGCUCCCGGCCGCUCACUGAGACGCUGAGACGGGAAAAGAAGAUCCUGCCCGAAAUAGAUGAGGAGUUCAGGAGCGGCUAAGCUAAUAAACCGCACGGUGGGACCAAUGGGACAGUGACAUUGGGAAGGGCUUACGGGAAAUAAGUUACAUGACUUUGCAUUGAUUCUUUUGAUUAUAUUGGCAGUUCCUCUGAGGGAAUCACUUGUGGGUUUAGCUACCAUUACGGUCCAUCCAUGGGACGAAAGACUGGAGAAGUCAAAGGCAUCAACAGAACAACGCCAAUUAAUGCAUGCCAACUAGGGCGGAUGGCUAUGAUUGGAGUGGUGGUCUGGGUCCUGGGGCUACAUCGUCACAUUCUCUAACCCCCCAAACUGAUAUAGUAAACUGGCUAGAGUUCAAGCAAUUCAUUUUGAAGUAUUGUCAUCCAAUCAAUCAUUUAUAUGUAUUGUUGUUGUUGGGAUUUUUUCAAAGGCCAUUUGCGGACCCUGCGUCCUAACAAGUCCUGGCCAUGAUAAAUUGAUUUAAGGUAGGCUUUUUUUGCAUUCUCAGUCUCUCACUGUUCAAUAUCUGUAUGGCUUGGGUAUUGUUUGGUUGCGCUGAGAGGUCUAUGACUGAAAUGGGUGUGGGAAUCAAUGGGUUGUCCUUGUUGUUUCCUGUCUUGGGAAUUGUCUCGGUUGUCCUGCUGAAAGACAAAUAUUGCCGAGGGGCCUGGGCUGACCGUGUGGUGGUCACUGGGGUGAUUAACUGGUUAAACCCAAACCUGACCUGACUUGAUCGUUGAAAUUUGUUUAGAAAAAAACUGAUUUCCCUACUUAGCAGCAUACAGCAGUGUCACGACUGGUAUAGUUUUCUGACUAAAUUUUUUUUAACGGGAUGUAAAAUUACAUAAUUUGCACUGAUGGUGUGGUGGAACAUGCUGCUGCCUUUGAUGCAGACGGUACAGGUUCGAUUCCCACCCAUUUCCCCAUACCCAGCCUGGGUCGGUCCAAAGAUGGCUAAAAAAUGGGUGGGUGGCAUCAGGAAGGGCAUCCAGUGUAAAAACUGGGCCAAACAAAUCAUGCGAGUGACUAGCUGUGGCGAGCUGAAAGUCACAACAAAAUCAUAAAAGUAAAUAAUUUGCAGUGGUUCUAAGUACUUGUUACUAGAAAAUCUCAACAAUGGUUGUCGCUACUGUGUAGACAGGUGAACAGAGUUACUGUAUUAUGUUAACAGACCUACAAACUGAGAAAUUGACAAAAACAAGCUAUACUGUAUAUUAAAAAAAUUGCUCAAGAAAAUAUUUAUUUUCUUUAUUUAAUCUUAAUUGAUCUAGGUAAGGCAGUUGAGAACAGUCUCAUCUGCAAUGCCGACCUGGCUGCAUUGAAUUUUGUGAGUUCUUCGGAAUGCAGAAGUCAAGCCCCAGCAGGAAAAUGAGGCUAGAGUCCAAGCUGGUCUCAUACAGUACAUGAUCUGAUAUAUCAUAUCAUAUAAUAUACUGUGUAUAUACCAAAUGUGGUCAAUUGCACAGCCCGAUUAGCUACCAUGUAGGCCUCACGGGGAAAACGUACCAGAGUAAGUUAAACCCACAAGCAAUAACCUCUGAGGACAAAGCCAAACUACCACCAGAGUCACCUGGCUUAGGUUUUCCAAUUCUUUCAUCGCUUAUUUUCUUGUUAACAUUUAAAUGAGGUUUUUGGUUUUUUUUUUCCAACCCCAAUUGGGUGAGUUGAAAUGCCUGGUGCUGUACAAAGUUUGUAUUUUGUGAAUUUUAAGCCCCGCCACAUGCGAGCCUCACACUGACCAGGAGGGUAAAAUACUGAAGUGCCUCAUCUGAGCAAGCUUGGUUGCCCCCCCCCCGCCCCCGCCCUCAUACCCAUCUCAAGUAACCACAAAAGCUUAAAUCAGAAGGCAUUUGGAUCCAAGAAAAAGGAAUUACACACAUUGUUUUCUGAGCCCAAUUGAGGCUGCCGAUAACCCACUGUAUGGACCGCAUGAAACCUCCACCUUUAGCCGACAAUCUGAUGACAUCAUAACUCGCAAUGUGUCCAUGCAAACAAAAAAACCCAGUUCGUUUGUAGAAGUAAGCCAGCCUGAGUGACACACGUUGAGAAAGCAAGAGCAUUGUAAGAGGUGCAUAGGUUUGUAUGUAUUGUGUAUUCUAUGCCUAAAAGCUACAGUAAAACAAUGCAUUAACUAUACAGAAUGACAUCUACACGCAGUUCAGAAAGGCCAUAUUGUACAGUAUUAGUGGUAGAUUCCAGUACCGCUAAGGUAUCUCCCUGUUAUUUAGCGCGGGGCUUCAGAGGAUCAUGAUAAUGAUUGAUUCCGAGAUGUCCACCAUACAAGUUGCAUCCGUCUUGCUUGUUACCUUUUGUCUUACCUCGAAGAAAAGAAAAAAACAACGAUCGGGUGGAGACGCUUACAUAUAAACAUACACACACUCUAGGGUGCUUUCACAUGUACAGUUUGGUGUAAAAAUCACUUGACGUGUUUGGGAAAUUUGUCCAUUUUGACCAGAGUGGGAUUUCUUUCCACAAUGGAAAGGCUGUGUACUUGAACUCCAUCCAUCCAUCCAUUUUCUGAGCCGCUUCUCCUCACUAGGGUCGCGGGCGUGCUGGAGCCUAUCCCAGCUGUCAUCGGGCAGGAGGCGGGCUACACCCUGAACUGGUUGCCAGCCAAUCGCAGGGAAGAUACAAACAAACAACCAUUCGAACUCACAUUCACACCUACGGGCAAUUUAGAGUCUCCAAUUCAUGCAUGUUUUUGGGAUGUGGGAGGAAACCGGAGUGCCCGGAGAAAACCCACGCAGGCACGGGGAGAACAUGCAAACUCCACACAGGCGGGGCCGGGGAUUGAACCCGGGUCCUCAGAACUGUGAGGCUGAGGCUCUAACCAGUCUGCCACCGUGCCGCCGUACUUGAACUCAGUAUAAAAAAAUUAAAAAAAACACCCAUAGGCAUACAGCAUACUGACAAUCUAUCACUUAAAAUUGGACAGCACCAGAUAGAAUCCAUCCAUCCUUUCGCCGUACCGUGUGAAAGCACCCUAAAUCACAAAGUACAUGUACAGAGGACCAUGAUGGUGUAAAAUGCUGAUCUUUUACUUCCAAUUCACACACAUUUGCUGGUAGAUUUAUGCGCCACGUCAUAGAUCAAUAGCCGAUAGCCGACUACUGUCAUUAUCACUCUUCGCUAGCAGCUACUGUGAAUGUGAAACGAAGCAAUAUAGCAUAGCAUGAACACAUGACAACAAGCUUCUUUACGCCACUGACGUUAGUUUAACCUGCAGAUGCACAACAGCGAGGCGUUUAAAGCAACCUUUUGAAUGUGACAUUAAUGUACCGCUUGCUCAGGACUAAGGAAGUACCAUUACUUGCUCUUUUUAGCUGUAAUAAGCCACCAAUGUGGCCAUGUUGGAUGGAUUGUACAGUGAGUGACGAGAUACUGCUAAUGUAUGCAAAUGUACAGAUGGCAAUUAAAGGCACUAUUUUUAAGAGUGCGCUGUAAACGUGAAUGUAAAUGACAGCGUUGCUAGUAUGCAGGAGUGUUCAUGUUACAUGUCGCUGUAUUAGUCAGUCAGUGUGUAGCUUCUCAACAUAGCGGUGUCAUCUCACUCACCAUGCGUGGUCCCCCAAGUGUGUUUGUGUGUGCCUGUAUAUGUGUGUGUGUGUCCACUAUUUGACCACCAACAGACAACAAUAAACAAGCAGACCCGUGCACAGAUGCCAACUACUCACUACUGUAGUACACCAGUACCAGUAAAGUACAAGUGGUGCCUUGAGAUACGAGUUUGAUUUGUUUCGUGACCACGCUCGUAACCCCAAACACUCAAAUAAUAUUUUCCCACUGAAAUAAACUAAAAUAGCACUCUUUAUUAUUUUUAUUAAUAAAUUAAAUUAUUAUUACUAUUUAGAAUAAUACAUGUUAUUUUUUCUAACGUGUGCAUCUGUGUUUACAGCUAGUAAGAUAUCUAACACAGUCACUGUGAUGACAGUAUUAAAAUAUACGGUUUUGGGGGGUGAAUGUGUAAUCAUCAGAUUUAAAAACUACAUAUGUUGAUUUUAGUGCCAAUCUGUUUCCCAAAAUAUAUUAGUGUGUGUGUGUAAAUGGGUGAUUGAGAGGCAUUAACUUUGUGCACGUUGUAGGUUGUGGCUUUCUGACGUUUACUUGCAUUAGUUUACAGACACAUCUGCCACAUCCAAUAUGGCAAACACGCGACUACGCGACAAGACGCUCAAUAUUCAAGUCUAUGUGUAAGUCUAUGCUAAAAUUGCGAUCUCCGUUUUUUUAAGGAUAUAGUUUCCAGAUUCCAGUUUCCAUAUUGUCUUUAUUGACUUUAUUGUCUUCUCGUCUCACUUAAAUCAAUAACUGACGUGACGUUUAGUUAAUCUUUGAUCAAAUAUUACUGAGCUAAACUGUGACGUUAAGAUAGCUAGCUUACCUGCGUCUGAACGAUUAAGGCACCCUUCGUCCAAGUGGUGUGUUUUAUCGUUGAGUUGCAAACCUGACUUGUUGCUAUUGCCUUUCCCCCCCAAUUUCAUCAAAAAGAUAAAUCAAGUCGAGUCUUUCAUAAAUUUAAGCCAAGCAAGUCGCAAGUCAUAAAAUCAGCGACUCGAGUCGACUCGAGUGACGUGGACUCAAGUCGACUCGGUUCUCAAGUCAAAGCAAAGAUUCGUUUGUCAAAAACUAGUCAGUUGGAUCACUCGUAUCUCAAGGAGCCACUGUAUUCAAUAGACAGCGUCAUAGUGGUGAGUGAGCAUCAGCGGAUGCGUUGAAUGCUACGUAGAGCCUUAAAUGUCCACUAGAAGGCGACGGAUGUCACUAGCCACUUCAUUAGCGACACCUCAAUGUGAUCCACUACAACAAUGCUCAGUUAUGAUUAAGAACUCUCAGUUCACCCACUACACUACAACAACAAGCACAUUGUCAAAUGAAUGCCUCUCUUGCACUGGAUUCCCUGCCGGUGUACCUAAUGAAGUGUCCAGAAGUGAUUAGUAGUGUUUGUGGUCACACACUGACUAUAUUUUGUCAUUCACAUUUUGUUGUUUUGUUUUUGGUUUUGUGAUAUUGUCAGUGUAAAUGCCCAUUGUUAUUCUUAUUGUAUAAAUCAAAGUAAAGCCAAACUCACCUCAAAAAGUGUGAAGGAGCCCACUUGGUGUCGUGGUCGUGCAAGACAGUACAUCUAAGCAAUUCCCAACCUUUAUGGAGCCAAGGC